AUGUGCGACUACUUCUUGCAGACGGUGGAGGGCGACCAGCAUGCUGGAGACCUCACCGACAUCGUCCGAGCUGGCGGCGCCAUGCCGUCUGGCGCCACCGGUCCCCAAUCGACGGCGACCGAGUGGCUGCAGCUCCCUACGGGCCCGAUCCUCUUCCCGCCGGCCCAAUCGUCCUCGGACGGCUCCGGACCCAGCGUUGCCGACGCCUUCGGGGAUCCGUUCUCCGGCCUCCAGGACCCCUUCAUCAGCGACUACCCCUCCUCUUCCGGCAGUGCUGCCGCCGACUUCUACGACGCCGUAAAGAACGCAAUGGAUAUCGGCAUGGCCAACAAGCAGGUCGGCUUCGUCGACGCGGCUGGCUGCGGCGCCGGCGGUGGAGCUGUUGGUGCUGAUGGAGGGAUGUUGGACAUGAGGAAUCACCCUAUGUUUGCGAGGGAGAUGCCCAUGUCUGGCGUGUCGCCGCGAGCAAUCGGGCCGUACGCGGUCAUGGGCGCUGGCGCGCCGAAGCUAGGCGUGCCGAUGGCGGCGCACAGGCAGGCGGCUCUGGCACCGUGCUCGUUCGACGCGGCUGCGGGGCUGCAGAUGACGUCGUCGCCGCGUUCCAACGGGAUCAAGCGCAGGAAGAACCAGGCAAAGAAGGUGGUGUGCAUCCCCGCACCUGCGGCAGCAGUACCCGGGAAGACCACUGGGGAGGUUGUUCCUUCUGAUCUCUGGGCUUGGAGGAAGUAUGGCCAGAAGCCUAUCAAAGGCUCCCCCUACCCAAGAGGGUACUACAGGUGCAGCAGCUCCAAGGGGUGUCCUGCACGGAAGCAAGUGGAGCGCUGCCGGACAGACCCCAACAUGCUGGUCAUCACCUACAACUCGGAGCACAACCACCCAUGGCCGACGCAGCGAAACGUGCUUGCCGGCUCCACGAGGUCCAACUACGCCAAGAAUAGCACCAACACAGCUUCAGCUUCGUCGAAGAACAGCAACUCCUCCUCGCGCAACCAGCACAAGCCAGUCGUCAAGGCAGAACGGAAGGACCAAUCCGCCGCGGCGGCCGCCGCCGCCGCGAGCACGACUACGAGCACCGGCAACAGCACACCUCCGUUGGCUGUGAAAGAAGAGGCGGAAAUGGACAGAAGCAUAGGCGGCGAUACUUCAGUCACGGUCGAUCAUCACAGUGACCAUCUCCUGCAGCAGAUGUUCAGCCAGAGCUACAGGCCGAUGACGCCGGAGGCUGCCGGCAGCUACCACCACCACGAUGACUUCUUCGCCGACCUCACCGAGCUGGACUCGGACCCUGUCAGCCUGAUCUUCUCCACGGAGUACAUGGAGGCCAUGCCUGACAAGAGUGACAAGGAGAAGGCAGCAGCCAAGGACUUUGAUCCAUUAUUCAUGAUGGACUGA